AGUCCAAAAGAACCAGAGUUUAUCUAUUGCCGUUGUGAUUGUAUUUAUGCCUCUUUUAUGGUGGAUUCAAUGGAUGAAGGCGUGAAGAAAAGAGCAUAGUUUCUCAUGGCUCUAUCUCGAUAUCUUCUUCCAGUUGUUUGGGUUCUCUUAAGUGCCAUUUUCGUGGCAGAAGCUGCAAAUGCUGAUCACAUCAGGAAAUUAGGUAAGACAGAAACAAGACGAAACCUGCUUGACAAUGGUCUCGGUCGAACUCCUCAAAUGGGAUGGAACAAUUUUAAUCACUUCCCGUGCAAGUUUGAUGAAGAGCUAAUACGGCAGAUAGCGGAUGCAAUGGUUUCAACAGGACUAAAGGCCCUGGGAUACGAGUAUAUUAAUCUUGAUGACUGUUGGGCUGAACUUGACAGAGAUUCCAAGGGAAAUUUAGUACCAAACGCUACGAUGUUUCCCUCUGGUAUGAAUGCCUUAACAGACUACGUCCACAGCAAGGGCCUCAAGCUUGGGAUAUAUGGCGAUGCCGGGACACUGACUUGUGCCAAGACAAUGCCGGGUUCGCUCGGGUUUGAGGAACAGGAUGCCAACGCAUUUGCUUCUUGGGGAAUCGAUUAUUUGAAGUACGAUAAUUGCCACAACAAUGGAGUUAGCCCACAAGAAAGAUACUCGAAGAUGAGCAAGGCUCUUCUAAACACUGGACGGCCCAUUUUCUUUUCCCUUUGCGAAUGGGGACAAGAAGAUCCCGCGACCUGGGCUGUAGGAAUCGGUAAUAGCUGGAGGACUACCGGAGACAUACACAAUAAUUGGGCAAGUAUGAUAUCGAGAGCUGAUAUGAAUGAUAAAUGGGCCUCUUAUGCUGGACCUGGAGGAUGGAACGAUCCCGACAUGCUUGAAGUGGGCAAUGGAGGCAUGUCCAUGGAAGAGUACAGAUGUCACUUCAGCAUCUGGGCCUUAGCUAAGGCCCCGCUUAUUCUAGGAUGCGAUAUUCGGUCGAUGGACAAUGACACAUAUUCCUUGGUUACCAACAAGGAGGUUAUUGCAGUCAAUCAAGAUAAGCUAGGGGUACAAGGAAAGAAAGUUAAGAACGGCGAUCUAGAGGUUUGGGCUGGUCCCUUAAGUGGCAACAGGGUAGCAGUAGUCCUUAUCAACAGAGGGACUUCUAAGGCAACAGUAACAGCCCAAUGGAGCGAUAUUGGUCUCGACUCUUCAGCUAUUGUGGAUGCUCGGGACCUAUGGGAGCAUUCAACCUCUGCCUCUGUGAAGAAUGAACUGAGUGCAACCCUCGAUUCUCACGCAUGCAAGAUGUACGUCCUCACACCUCAUUAGAGGAUAGGAAUAACAUCAACUCCAUGUUCAUGGGAAAGGAUGUUCUUUGUUUGUUUUACCGUUUCUAUAUUCGCAUCAGCAGGAUGUAGUGUUGCUAUUUGAAAGAGAUUGGAACAAAAUAGCUUAACGAGCUAUAUAUGAAUUCAGUGUUCCGGGUUUUUAACCGUACAGUAUGUUGAGAAACGUCCUUGAGAAUGAA